AUGUUGAGAGAAAAUCUCAUUGUUGUGGGUUUCAUCACAGUCCUUGUUCUCAUCCACUUCCCUCAACCAUGUUGGUGUAAGCAGAAUCAUCUCUGUGACCCUUCUUCCUGUGGCAAUAUCCAUAACAUCAGUUACCCUUUCCGAUUGAAAGAUGAUCCAAAAAAUUGUGGUCACCCCAAAUAUGAGCUUGCUUGUGAAAAUAAUGUUACAGUUUUAUACUUGGGUUUCCAUAAACAUAAAUACCUCGUUCAAUCUAUCAACUAUCCUAACUUCACAAUCCGCCUUGUUGAUUCUGCUGUAAAAAAAAAGGGUAAUUGCUCCAUUCUUCCUCAGUAUUCUUUAACCAAUUACAACUUCACUUUCCAAGAUCCAUAUAGCACUUUUAGCGAAAUGAGGGAUAUGGGAAAAAUGCAGAUAAACAGGCCUGUAUGUUUUCUGAAUUGCCCAUAUCCAGUAGAUUGUCCUCUCUACCUGGAGAUAGGACAGUGCAUCAAUGGAGUUUGUACUGCAAACUCCUCUUUCUCCUCCUCUUCCGGAAUACACUCUUAUGUCAAUGCUUACCGCCUGAUGGCAGCAGAAGUGAGAGAGAGGUGCAGUAUAGAGCUAAUGGUGAUGAUGACACCGUGGGCGUUUAAGUUUGAUAAUAAUAUCUCUUUUUCAGACAUCUACGACGCCAUUGAAUAUGGGUUUGAGCUUUCUUGGUUCAAAGUUGGGGGUUAUUGCUUCAUUCCUUCGUCAUUCCGUAGUAGUACUGCGCCAUUGAGUCUGUCAUUCAGUACUGCACCAUUGAGUCUGUCAUUCUUUGCUGGGCCAUUGAGUCUGUCAUUCAGUAUUGCGCCAUUGAGUCUGUCAUUCAGUAUUGCGCCAUUGGAUCUGUCAUUCAGCUUCCCCCCCAAUUGUGGAGAGUGUACAGUUGUGAGUUGGACUAAACAGAUUUAG